AUGUUCCAAUCGCUACUUUAUCAGUUUAAAUUGAGGUUUAAAAUGAUCAAUCAAUUUGAUAUUAAAUAAGAAUUCAAAUUUUUGAACAACACUCAAUAAUAUUGUACAUUGCAUUCUAAACAACAAUUAAAUCAAUCGACAUAUCUAAUGAAAUUUGCAAUUUCACAACAAGAUAAAUGCUUAGGUACUCGCAUAGGAUAGUACAUUUCAUUAAAUGAUCCUAAGUUUGAUAUCAAUACAACGAGAUAUUAUUGCCCCAUUUCCAGAAUUGAUGAUGUCGGAAUGUUUGAUUUAUUGGUCCAUGCCAUUUAAGCGGAGAAUAAGAACUUUUCCACUCACAUCACAACUUUGAAUGAUGGACAUAUUCUCAAUAUAAAUGGACCUUUCACUAAUUACCUUUACCAUGGGUAUGGCUCAAUCGAAAUCCCCAAAGACAAUAUCAAUUAAAAUUACAAAUAUAUUGGCAUAGUAGCAGAGUCUUCAGCUAUUGCAGCUUUUUUCCAAUUAAUAGAAGGUAUAGCUACCAACGGUGAUAACACACAUAUAGGAUUGCUUUAUGUGGCGGAUACUAUAGAUGAAUUAGUUCUGAUGGAGGAAUUAAUUUGGUAUGUUGAGGAGAAAAAGAUAAAUGCUACAUUUAUGCUGAGAAAUGAGCAAGAUCCAAUUGGAAAGGUUUUUAGUGGUCCUAAGGGCUAAUUAAAGCCGAUAUAUUUGGAAUAGUAUUUGCCUUAGCCGAAUGAUCAAACAUUAAUCCUUGUUUGCGGGAGCAGGGCAUUUAAAAAAGAAACUAAAUAACAACUGGAAUAUAUCCAUCACCAAAAUAUAGCUAUAAUUUGAUUAUAUAUUAUUUAAUAUAUUAUAAAAUUUUAUAUUAAUUUAAGAUAUUAUCAAA